AUGGAUCUCCUGUGGGUGCUGUCAGUGUCCAUGUUGACGGCGUGUGUUGCCAUCCCCAUGGAUGCGGCGGCGGGGAGCCACAGUCUUUUCACCUGUGAGCCCAUCACCCUCCGUAUGUGCCAGGGGCUGCCCUACAACUCCACCUUCAUGCCCAACAUCCUGAAUCAUUACGACCAGCAAACUGCUGCCCUCGCCAUGGAGCCGUUCCAUCCCAUGGUGAACCUACAGUGCUCUCCGGAGCUCCGGACGUUCCUGUGUGCACUCUACGCCCCGGUGUGCACAGAGUACGGCCGGAUGACUCUGCCAUGUCGGCGCCUCUGUCUGCAGGCCAAGAGUGACUGCUACAAACUGAUGGAUAUGUUUGGUGUCAGCUGGCCACAGGAGAUGGACUGCAACAGGUUCCCAGACUGUGAUCAGUCCUACCCCCGUCCUGUAGACCUGCUGUCCAGCUCGGACACCACAGAGUCCCCCGUCUCUGUCCAGCGGGACUACGGCUUCUGGUGUCCGAGAGAGCUCAAAAUCGACCCCGAGCUUGGCUACUCCUUCAUGGGGGUCCGUGACUGCUCCCCCCCGUGUCCCAACAUGUACUUCACACGUGAGGAGCUCACGUUCGCUCGCUAUUUCAUCGGGGUGGUGUCCAUUGUCUGUCUGUCCGCCACCCUCUUCACCUUCCUGACUUUCCUCAUCGACGUGUCGCGCUUCCGAUACCCAGAGCGUCCAAUUAUAUUCUACGCCGUGUGCUACAUGAUGGUGUCCCUGGUGUUCUUCCUGGGGUUUCUGUUGGAGGACAAAGUCUCCUGUAACGCAGCCAGUCCUGGGAGGUUCAGGGCUUCAACCGUGACCCAAGGCUCCCAUAACAAGGCCUGCACCCUUCUCUUCAUGGUGCUGUACUUCUUCACCAUGGCCGGCAGCGUCUGGUGGGUCAUUCUGACCAUCACCUGGUUCCUUGCUGCUGUUCCAAAGUGGGGCAGUGAGGCAAUAGAGAAGAAGGCUCUGCUCUUCCACGCCUGUGCCUGGGGCAUCCCCGGUGUCCUCACCGUCAGCCUGCUCGCCAUGAACAAGAUCGAGGGAGACAGCGUCAGUGGCGUUUGCUUUGUGGGGCUGUACAACUUGACGGCGCUGCGCUGGUUCCUGCUCGCCCCACUUGGACUGGACGUAGUGGUCGGCGUGGCACUGUUGCUGGCAGGCAUAGCAGCACUAAACCGGGUUCGCAUGGAGAUUCCACUGGAGAAGGAGAACCAGGAGAAACUUGUGAAGUUCAUGAUCCGUAUCGCAGUGUUCUCCGUGCUCUACCUGGUCCCUCUGCUGGCCGUCCUGGGCUGCUACCUUUACGAGAACAGCUACCGAGCCAUCUGGGAGACGACCUGGGUCCAGGAGAAGUGCAGAGACUACCACAUCCCCUGCCCCUACCAGGUGGAGCGCACCAGUCGUCCUGACCUGGCCUUGUUCCUGAUCAAGUACCUGAUGAUGCUGAUCGUAGGAAUCCCCUCUGUGUUCUGGGUGGGCAGUAAGAAGACCUGCUUCGAGUGGGCCAGCUUCUUCCAUGGCAAGAGACGCAAAGAUGCGAUGGUCAACGAGAGCCGCCAGGUGCUCCAGGAGCCCGACUUCGCCCAGCUGCUGCUCAGGGACCCCAACACACCCAUCGUGAGGAAGUCGCGGGGCACGUCCACCCAGGGCACGUCCACCCACGCCUCAUCUACCCACCUGGCCAUGUUGGAUGAACCGCCCAGCGCCAGUACCAGCCGGGCUGGCUCGGUCCGCAGCGCCCGCUCCAAGAUGAGCAGCUACCACGGCAGCCUGCACCGCUCCCGAGACGGCAGAUAUACGGCCUCCAGUUUCCGGGCCGCGGAUGACCGGCUGCCCUACGGAAGCAUGCCUCGCCUCAACGACCAGUCGCAGUCCAAGCACUGCAGCACCAACCGCCUGGACGGCCUAUCACGCCAUGGAUCCACCCAACGACUGGAGAGCCAAUCACGGCACAGCAGUGUCAGGGACCUCAGUGGCGCCACCCAAGCUGUCCUCGGUGUCCCCGGAAAUGGGAUCCACAGGGUCCUGGAGGAGGACGGAGCUACAGCCUAAGCAGGAAACCAGUUGUAACCCCCCUUUGUCCUGAAAGAAUGUGUGGAUCCACAGGAAGACACUGUGACAUCCACUCCUGUUGACUGAAGCUCCACAUGAUGCUCCAGUGGACUGAUGAACUAAGACUAGGGUUAAUCCAGCCAAAAACACGAGGACCGCGUGGAUCGAUGCCUUAAAAUGUCCUCUCAGCUUUACUCAACCUUCUAGCUGAUCCCAAAAACUGAAUUUAUUUGUCCAGUUUACAAAAGUACGAUGGAUUUCGUUGUCCUGAAAGUGACCCGAGGGUAGCCGACACUGGAAAAUGACGUUGAGGCUUCACUGUUGGACCUACGUUACUGAGCCGAGAACAAAACGUGACCAACACUGACAGACUGCCCUGCAUUUUUUUUUUACUUGUACUGUACUCGUUUGUAUAAAGGAUGGUAGACAUCACGCCUUCUCCUCAGCGUCAGGAGGUGGAUGCAGGUUUACCUGCUAUAUUUGAACUGUUGUGCACGUCUUCAGCUACUGAGAUCUCCCGUUAUUUUUCAAAUGGUGACAUAACUUGAUAGAAACCCUAUUUAUAAAAGGCAAUUUUACACACCCAAUUUUUCAAAACUUCUCAUCAAAAGUAACAAAUUAGCUACAAGUUUAAUUAACCAAGUUCUACAGAUGCUGUGCACGACUCUACAGAAGCCUUCAGUCUUUGUUUUUAUAUUGAGGUACUUCAUUGCUCCGCUGUGAUGAUGGAAAAUGUCUGUGGUGGAUCUGUGGUUGAUGCAAGGGCUGAAAUACAGGAAAAAAAGCUGAAUCCAAACUCCUGCCUUACGACUGUGUGUUCAGACAGAACGCUGAGCGACACAGAAAGACACGAGCAGACCUCAGAUCUGCUUCACUGCAACACACACCGACACACUCAGAUAGCUGGUGUGUUUGUUGCGAACACACAGUGUGUGUCGGGCUUCUCUUUCUGUCUGAACACACCUCUACAGUUUGAAUAGAUAGCGCCCUUACAUUAGUCAAAUUCUAAGUAGUUUGUCCUGUUUUUAAAAUGUGUCCUUACUCGUAUAGCUGCUGUCAAAUGUUAGAGUGACAUUUCUUCUAGUGGCAAACGUGUGUAUAGAUGUAAAAACUGAACUUCAUUUGUAAUAAAGUUUUUUUUUUUAAAGAAGGCACAGAGGAUGUUUAAUGACCACACAGUCACACACUGGGAGUGUAUUUGUAACAGCCCUCCGCUUUAUUGAAAUACAUCGGAGUCAGGUUAAUAUAAUGAGUUCUCCACAUAAGUGUGGCAGCCAGUUCCAUACAUUAUUUUUGUUUUGACCUUACACCUUAAAUAUUUUUUUUUUUGUGCAAAAAAGAAUCUACAUCACCUGUAGUGGGUUAUCCUCAGUAAAACGCCCAAACCGUUCAAAAAGGAGCAAGUCCAAGUAAAACAACAAACCGAAAACAAAAAUGAUUACAUCUAUAACAUGCAAAACUGUACAAAUUAUUACAAAGCAAUCCUAGAAAAAAACAAAAUAAACAAAAAGUGUAAUAUGAUAUGAAAGAGCAAAAUAAUAUAGAAGGUACUGUAGAUAAGACCUCACUGAAAUGCAAAGGCGUUUGAAUUUUUUUAUUUUAGAUUUUCCUUCUCUUAAAUGUUACCACUGUGGCACCUCAGCCAUCAAAGCACCUGUCACCCUUCACCCCUGAAAACAUUUCAGAUUUUUUAUUUGAAUUUUUUUUUAUUACAUCUCGUCCUCACCACCUUUUCUCUUCCUGCUGUCUCCGCCCGGGUCGCAUCUACUGUAAACUACCGCCAGAUUCAUUUCUCCCUCACUCGCUCACUCCAGCCAUCCAUCUAUCCAUCAAACAAACCCAUUUUUAAAUGAAAAUAAUUCAUUGGUUCUGACAUUUCCUGAGUUUUCUCUUCCCCUUUUCCUUAAACUGGGAUAUCUAGGAUCAGUUUCUCUGUACAAUAUUGGCCCGAUAAUAAAACACCUGGCUAAGACGGUUCUCUCACCCCCACCUAAUACAUUCUACAGAUAAACUCCAGCAGGAACUAUGGAGACUAGCUUAAAAAAAAAAAGUUUCUAAGAGGUGUUUGUUUGGAAUAAAACCAGCUUAGUGGCACCGUGGAGCUCCAAACCUCUCCCUCUCUCUUCAUAUAAAAUGGAAUACUAAAAUAAAAACACUUGGAAUGGGUUGUUUAGCUACUUUGUUGUGUUUCAACAGGAGAAUCGGCAGGAAUGAAGGAACCGCCAUGUUUUUGUUUCCCUUUCUAAUAAACAAAACAAGCGGAAUAAACUGGAGGAUUCUGACCCAGGACGCUGUGCUGUACAUCACGAGUCUCUAAUAACAACAGGCCGCUCUUCUUACAGAUCACACCACGCCAUAGUUGGUGUUUCAUGUCGGGACAGUUGCGGACAGCUUUCCGGCUCCGUGCACAUUGUUCCCUCACAGUUUGACUCUGAUCUGGCCCUCAAGUAAAAAUGCCUUUUUUUUCUUUUUUUUUCGAUCCGUCUGUAAACUGAAGGAGAUGAACAGAGGUAACAGGUUUUUGGCUGUGAAUGUCAUGCUCUGCAGCCAGGAGCUGCCACACUGUAAAAAUGCUCUUUCAGAGGCCUUUCUGCUCUGCCAAAGAAAAGAAAAGAAAAGAAAAACGCCUGGAGGGGGGUUUAAAACAUCCAGCCCUGUUCAUUUUACAGACAACAGGUCGCACUGAGCUCAUUUCAUCUGCGACAAACAGAAACCCAAGUGCUGACUUUUCUCGCAGCGUGGAAGUGUUUACAUUCUCGUUUUUAGUGUUUUAUUUUUAAAGAGCUCUUACAAACGUCGCUUUACAAUGAACACAUGGACCGAGCCUCCUCUGGAAUACGCAAAGGCCGUCAGAAAGACAAAACAAGAAAUCACAAAGUCUCCCUCUUUUGUCCAUUUUUGGUUAAAUCAAGCUCAAGCGGAAGGACUGAUCUUUCCAUCCAGAUACCACAGUGAAUUUAAAAUACACACACGCACACACACACACGUUAACUGUUGAUUAAAUGAUCAGAACCGCUUCACCUCUUUGACAGUCGAGAGGUGGAGCAGGACAAGGCAUUAUGCUGCAUAAAAACACCACCUCGGUGUGUGUGUGUGUGUGCGCACACGUAUGCGCGUGUGUGUAGAUACAGGUUUGUGAUAAAUGCACGUGUACGGGCAGUAGUGUGGAUCCAUACGUGACUUCUCUUCACUCGGACAGAGUGGGGAGGAAACAAAAACACAAACACAACGCGUGUCGUACAUACAAUAUAAAAGAAACAAAUCUAAAAUCAAAUCGGUAAAAAAAAGAAAAGUGGUUUAAAAUGGCUUUUUGUGUGAAUACAACCCCAAAUCACUCCAAACAAACACAAAAGGAAAAUAAAAGUCAAGGAGGAGUUUGUUUUCCCUCCCCAUGUAGUUCUCUAUAGUAUUUUCCUUAUCAUAUAUUACUCUCUACUUUGAACCUAUGUACAUUACUGUGAUGGGAACCUGUGUGUGAGUUGGUCGGUUUGGUUGGACAGCAAACAUCUAAACACUACGAUGGACGAUGGAGGACACGCCCAGGGAUGCUGCUGCUGCUGGAUGAUGUCACUUGCAACUGGACCAAUGAGGAAGAGAGAGUAGCAACGGAGGAGGAGGAGCUGUGAUGAUGUCAUAGGAGCCGGCAUUAUUAUCAUUACUAUUAUUAUUAACGCUGCUUUUUUUAUGCUGAUGGCGGACAAAUAAAAAAAUAUUAUAAAGUCACUGCACUUAGUAUGAUGAGAAACAAAAAAAAAAAAGAAUCAUUGCUUUCCUUUAUCUCUCUCUCUCUCUUUUCUUUUUUUUUUUUUUAACAUUUUCAAUUUCUGCAGCACCCGAAGAGAAAGCAUCUGAGGGAGGUGAGGAGGGAUUUAAACUCCACCCGUCUGAUUCAGGCCAUGAAGCGCACCUCCCUUUCCUUGUCUAAGAUUGAUAAAUAAAUUAAAAUAUUGUCCCCUAAAACCCAAAGGGUCCUAUGUACAAGUACAAAUCAUUUUCUCUCGAUAAUAAUCCUCUUCUCUUUUUGUUGCAUCGUGAGGUUUUUGAGUCUCUGAAUGAAUCGAGGGCAGGGGCAGGGUGGGUGGGGGCGUGGACAGAGUGGUGUCGGCGAAGCUCGACGCUUCGGUUCGAUAGCAAAAAAA